AGAGCAGAGUCACCUACAACCAGCCUGCUAUCAAUGAAGAGUGAUCAGCCACCUGCUUUCUGCCAGGAACCAUUACCAGAUGACAAUAAGGAAGUGGAGAGUUUGGACAGUGAGGAUGUAUUAAAUAUCACACACAACCUUCUGGACAGAAGAAGUCAAACUCUGCUGACAGUCCAACAAGACAUUAAGGCUAAACUGAAACACAAGUAUCAACACAUAUCUGAAGGAAUUGGACACCAUGGAAACCAAAGUCUGUUCAAGGACAUCUACACAGAGCUCUACAUCACAGAGGGUGGAAGUGGAGGGCUCAAUAAUGAACAUGAGGUUAGACAGAUGGAGAUGGCAUCCAAGAAACAAACCACACAAGAGACACCAAUCAAAUGCAACGACAUCUUCAAGCCUUUACCUGGACAAGACAAACCUAUCAGAACUGUGCUGACAAAAGGAAUCGCUGGCAUUGGAAAAACAGUCUCUGUGCAGAAGGUCAUCCUUGACUGGGCAGAGGGAAAAUCAAAUCAGGACGUUCAUUUCAUGUUUCCUCUUCCUUUCCGUGAUCUGAACCUGAAAAAGGACCAAUACAGUCUGAUGCAACUUCUUUCCCACUACUUCUCAGAGCUGAAAGAGAUUGACAGCAUUGAAGAUGGUGAAACCAAAACUGUUUUCAUUUUUGAUGGUCUGGAUGAGUGUCGACUUCCUCUAGACUUCAAAAACAAGGAGAAGUGCUGUGAUGUCACGAAGCCAACCUCAGUGGACGUGCUGCUGACAAACCUCAUCGAGGGGAAUCUGCUUCCCUCUGCUCAUCUCUGGAUAACCUCACGGCCUGCAGCAGCCAAUCAGAUCCCUCCUGAGUGUAUUAACCGGGUGACAGAGGUACGAGGGUUCAAUGAUCCACAGAAGAAGGAAUACUUCAGGAAGAAAAUCACAGAUCAGAAUCUGGCCAAUGAAAUCAUCAAACACAUGAAGAAAUCAAGGAGCCUCCACAUCAUGUGCCACAUACCAGUCUUCUGUUGGAUAUCAGCCACGGUCCUUGAGAUGAUACUGAAAGAGGCAGAGAAGGAUGAAGUUCCCAAAACUCUGACCCAGAUGUACUCACACUUCAUACUCAUCCAAAUCAUUGUGAAGAACAGGAAGUACAACAAAGCCACAGAGACAAACCCAAGGGAACUGUCUCAGUCAGACAAAGAGAUGAUCCUGAAACUGGCAAAGCUGGCUUUCCAACAGCUGCAGAAGGGCAACCUGAUCUUCUAUGAGGAGGACCUGAGAGAGUGUGGCCUUGAUGUCACAGAGGCAUCAGAGUACUCAGCAUUGUGUACAGAGAUCUUUAAAGAGGAAUCUGGGCUGUACCAAGACAAGGUCUACAGCUUUGUGCAUCUGAGCAUUCAGGAGUUUCUAGCAGCAGUGCAUGCUUUAGAAUCAUGUCUGGACAAGAAGAAAAAUGUUUUCUCCCCCAAAGCAGAUGACGACAACGACGAUGAUGACGAUGAGGAAGAGGAUGAGGAAGAUGAUGACAAUGAUGAAGAGAAGGAGUCAUUCAAAUUGUCUGACUUACACAGGACAGCAGUGGUCCAGGCCUUGAAGAGUGAGAAUGGAAACCUGGACCUGUUCCUCCGCUUCCUUCUGGGUCUCUCACUGGAGUCCAAUCAGAAUCUGUUACGAGGCCUUCUGACACAGACAGGAAGUACAACACAGACCAAUGAGGAAAUAGUUAAGAGAACAGUCAGGUACCUUUCAGACAAGCUCGAGGAGGAAUCCUCACCAGAAAGGAUCAUCAACCUGUUCCACUGUCUGAAUGAACUUGGUGCCAACUCUCUAGUUGAAGACAUGCAGACCUCGCUUCGAUCAGGAACUCUUUCAGAAACAAUACUAAAACCUGACCAAUGUUCAGCCCUGGCCUACCUGUUACUGAUGUCAGAGGAGGUGCUGGAGGAGUUUGACCUGAAGACAUACAACACAUCAGAGGAAGGUUAUCAGAGGUUGCUGCCGGUCGUGAAAACCUGCAAGAGAGCACUACUGGAUGGCUGUAAAGUCACAUAUAAAUCCUGUGAGACUCUGGCCUCAGCUCUGCAGACACCAAACUCCCCCCUGAGAGAACUGGACCUCAGCUACAAUAACCUGGGAGACAGAGGAGUGGAGCUGCUCUGUGUUGGACUAACCAGUCCACUCUACAACAUACAGACACUAGUUCUGGGUCAGUGUGGUCUGACAGAGGGUUGCUGUUCAGAUCUGGCCUCAGUCCUGAAUUCACCCAACUCACAACUGAAACAUCUGGAGCUGAGAGACAAUGACCUGCAGGACUCAGGAGUUACACUGCUGUCUGCUGGACUGGAGGAUCCAAACUGUAAACUACACACACUGGGGCUGUCUGGCUGUCUGGUCACAGAGGAGGGCUGUGCUGCUCUGUCUUCAGCUCUGAGGUCAAACCCCUCCCACCUGAAAGAGCUGGACCUGAGCUACAAUCACCCAGGAGACUCUGCAGGGGGACUGCUUUCAGCUGCUCUGCCGGAUCCCACAUAUAAACUGAUGAAGCUGAAUGUGGAUCAUGGUGGAGAGUGCAGGCUGAAAUCAGGGCUGAGGAAAUAUGCCUGUCAUCUCACCCUGGACCCAGAUACAGCAAACCCACACCUGGUACUGUCUGAGGGGAACAGGAAGGUGAAACGGGUGAAAGAGGAGCAGCAUUAUGAAGACCAUCCAGACAGAUUUGACUAUCAUCCCCAAGUUCUCUGCAGAGAAGGCUUAUCUGGGUGUCGUUAUUACUGGGAGGUGGAGAGGGAUGGUAGCAUGGCUGUCAUUGGUGUGGUGUACAAAGGAAUGAAGAGGAAGAGAGAUGAGGGGGACAGUAGGAUUGGACACAAUAGGGAGUCCUGGAGUUUAGUCUGUUCUCAUAGAGGUUAUCAAUUUUACCAUGCUGGAGUCAACAGAAUCAUCCCUGGUCCUGUUUCUAACAGAGUUGGAGUGUAUCUGGACUGGCCAGCUGGUACUUUGUCCUUCUAUAGUGUGUCCUCCUCUGGUACACUGACACACCUUUACACAGAACACACCACAUUCCCCGAACCCCUCUAUCCUGGGUUUGGAGUUGCGUCGUCCUCGGUGACCUCAGUGACCCUGUGUCAGAUAGAUGACCAACACAUUCAGAGAGACCAUGAUGGAGAGAGUUGGAUCAAGCCUGGACCUGAGGACACCAGAGACCAUGGUGGAGAGAGUUGGAUCAAGCCUGGACCUGAGGACACCAGAGACCAUGGUGGAGAGAGUUGGAUCAAGCCUGGACCUGAGAACACCAGAGACCAUGGUGGAGAGUGUUGGAUCAAGCCUGGACCUGAGGACACCAGAGACCAUGGUGGAGAGUGUUGGAUCAAGCCUAGACCUGAGGACACCAGAGACCAUGGUGGAGAGUGUUGGAUCAAGCCUGGACCUGGGGACACCAGAGACCAUGGUGGAGAGAGUUGGAUCAAGCCUGGACCUGAGAAAUUGAUUCCUCAGAGCUGUAAGACUUGUGACCAUGUUGAGGACUCCACACACUGGCUUCAGAUUGAACCCUUGACUUCCACUGUCCAGGGAGUGACAAUGUUCAGACACAGGACACCCAAAGGGAGUUAUGAGUGCACAGUGUCUGGGCUCCGCUGGCUGUGUGAGAGAGAUGUCAUUCUGAAGUAUCACUUCAGGAACUGGGAUCCCUACAGUCAACUUCUGAAAGACAUGCAGUACACACAAGGUGGUCCAUUGCUGGACAUCACUAUGGAGUUAGGUGAACUGGAGGAAGUUCAUCUGCCACACUUUGUCUGUUUAGGGACCAACCCUUCCCUGAGGAAUGAGAUGAAGAUUCUUCAUGUAGAGGAACAUGGAGUGUCUUUAGAGGAAGUGCAUGAGGUCACCAGAUUCCAUGCUAAGAUUCUCCAUCCCAAGUUCUCACUUAUCUCUGUUAUACUGAGCUAUAUCUUUUCAUGGAACGUAGAUGUCCACUGUGAGCUGAUGCUCUAUCUGACAGUGAAAAGGGAAACAUUAAUUUCUCGCCUAUACCUGUUCCCCUGGAACCCCGGCCAGAUACAGGCUGUGGAACAACAGGAAAAGUCUCAAGGGUCUUCAAGGAUUCUCAUCUCAAGACCAGAGCAGUCCUUCAAACUGAAUAGUUCCAUCAGACUGAACAUUCCCUGUUCUACCUCCAUCAAUCCACAGAGGAUUCAUCUCAUACAAAGAGACACCACACCAAGCUUUUUCAGGGCGGUUGUGAAAAUGACAGGGAUUGACAUUGAGAUGGAGUUAUUCAGUGAUGAUGAGAGGACAGUAUGGAAAGAAAAUGUAUCACGAGAUGAGUACAUCACUGACACCCGUUCAACAAGUGCUGUGUCGGGGGCAGGGCGUCCGGCUGAGAGCAGUCUGACUGGUUCUGCAGAGCAGCAGCUGCGUUCUGUACGGACAAAGUUUGUGAAACGAGUGUCAAAAGCUGUCCUGAAUGGACUGCUGGACGGACUCCUGCAACACACAGUCAUCAACCAGGAGGAAAUGGAGUCAGUGAAGGUGAUCGCUGAGAGGGCAGAGAAGGCACGUGACAUCAUCGACAUGGUGUUGAGAAAAGGAACUGAGUCGUGUUCCAGGAUGAUCAACCUUCUUGGGGAGCUGGACCACUGUCUUUGUUCACAGCUUCAGAUCAACAGUGUUGGGGUCCCAACCUAAUGGUAGAAUGGAUAGUAACAGUGUUGGGGUACCAACCUAAUGGUAGAAUGGAUAGUAACAGUGUUGGGGUACCAACCUAAUGGUAGAAUGGAUAGUAACAGUGUUGGGGGUACCAUCCUAAUGGUAGAAUGGAUAGUAACAGUGUUGGGGUACCAACCUAAUGGUAGAAUGGAUAGUAACAGUGUUGGGGUACCAACCUAAUGGUAGAAUGGAUAGUAACAGUGUUGGGGUACCAACCUAAUGGUAGAAUGGAUAGUAACAGUGUUGGGGUACCAUCCUAAUGGUAGAAUGGAUAGUAACAGUGUUGGGGUACCAACCUAAUGGUAGAAUGGAUAGUAACAGUGUUGGGGUACCAACCUAAUGGUAGAAUGGAUAGUAACAGUGUUGGGGUACCAACCUAAUGGUAGAAUGGAUAGUAACAGUGUUGGGGUACCAACCUAAUGGUAGAAUGGAUAGUAACAGUGUUGGGGUACCAACCUAAUGGUAGAAUGGAUAGUAACAGUGUUGGGGUACCAACCUAAUGGUAGAAUGGAUAGUAACAGUGUUGGGGUACCAACCUAAUGGUAGAAUGGAUAGUAACAGUGUUGGGGUACCAACCUAAUGGAUAGUAACAGUGUUGGGGUACCAACCUAAUGGUAGAAUGGAUAGCAACAGUGUUGGGGUACCAACCUAAUGGUAGAAUGGAUAGUAACAGUGUUGGGGUACCAACCUAAUGGUAGAAUGGAUAGUAACAGUGUUGGGGUACCAACCUAAUGGAUAGUAACAGUGUUGGGGUACCAACCUAAUGGUAGAAUGGAUAGUAACAGUGUUGGGGUACCAACCUAACGGUAGAAUGGAUAGUAACAGUGUUGGGGUACCAUCCUAAUGGAUAGUAACAGUGUUGGGGUACCAACCUAAUGGUAGAAUGGAUAGUAACAGUGUUGGGGUACCAACCUAAUGGUAGAAUGGAUAGUAACAGUGUUGGGGUACCAACCUAAUGGUAGAAUGGAUAGUAACAGUGUUGGGGUACCAACCUAAUGGUAGAAUGGAUAGUAACAGUGUUGGGGUACCAACCUAAUGGUAGAAUGGAUAGUAACAGUGUUGGGGUACCAACCUAAUGGUAGAAUGGAUAGUAACAGUGUUGGGGUACCAUCCUAAUGGUAGAAUGAUAGUAACAGUGUUGGGGUACCAACCUAAUGGUAGAAUGGAUAGUAACAGUGUUGGGGUACCAUCCUAAUGGUAGAAUGAUAGUAACAGUGUUGGGGUACCAACCUAAUGGUAGAAUGGAUAGUAACAGUGUUGGGGUACCAACCUAAUGGUAGAAUGGAUAGUAACAGUGUUGGGGUACCAUCCUAAUGGUAGAAUGGAUAGUAACAGUGUUGGGGUACCAACCUAAUGGUAGAAUGGAUAGUAACAGUGUUGGGGUACCAACCUAAUGGUAGAAUGGAUAGUAACAGUGUUGGGGUACCAACCUAAUGGUAGAAUGGAUAGUAACAGUGUUGGGGUACCAACCUAAUGGUAGAAUGGAUAGUAACAGUGUUGGGGUACCAACCUAAUGGAUAGUAACAGUGUUGGGGUACCAACCUAAUGGUAGAAUGGAUAGUAACAGUGUUGGGGUACCAACCUAAUGGAUAGUAACAGUGUUGGGGUACCAACCUAAUGGUAGAAUGGAUAGUAACAGUGUUGGGGUACCAACCUAAUGGAUAGUAACAGUGUUGGGGUACCAACCUAAUGGUAGAAUGGAUAGUAACAGUGUUGGGGUACCAACCUAAUGGUAGAACGGAUAGUAACAGUGUUGGGGUACCAACCUAAUGGAUAGUAACAGUGUUGGGGUACCAACCUAAUGGUAGAAUGGAUAGUAACAGUGUUGGGGUACCAACCUAAUGGUAGAAUGGAUAGUAACAGUGUUGGGGUACCAACCUAAUGGUAGAACGGAUAGUAACAGUGUUGGGGUACCAACCUAAUGGAUAGUAACAGUGUUGGGGUACCAACCUAAUGGUAGAAUGGAUAGUAACAGUGUUGGGGUACCAACCUAAUGGAUAGUAACAGUGUUGGGGUACCAACCUAAUGGAUAGUAACAGUGUUGGGGUACCAACCUAAUGGUAGAAUGGAUAGUAACAGUGUUGGGGUACCAACCUAAUGGAUAGUAACAGUGUUGGGGUACCAACCUAAUGGUAGAAUGGAUAGUAACAGUGUUGGGGUACCAACCUAAUGGUAGAACGGAUAGUAACAGUGUUGGGGUACCAACCUAAUGGUAGAAUGGAUAGUAACAGUGUUGGGGUACCAUCCUAAUGGUAGAAUGGAUAGUAACAGUGUUGGGGUACCAACCUAAUGGUAGAAUGGAUAGUAACAGUGUUGGGGUACCAACCUAAUGGUAGAAUGGAUAGUAACAGUGUUGGGGUACCAACCUAAUGGUAGAAUGGAUAGUAACAGUGUUGGGGUACCAACCGAAUGGUAGAAUGGAUAGUAACAGUGUUGGGGUACCAACCUAAUGGUAGAAUGGAUAGUAACAGUGUUGGGGUACCAACCUAAUGGUAGAAUGGAUAGUAACAGUGUUGGGGUACCAAGCUAAUGGUAGAAUGGAUAGUAACAGUGUUGGGGUACCAACCUAAUGGUAGAAUGGAUAGUAACAGUGUUGGGGUACCAACCUAAUGGUAGAAUGGAUAGUAACAGUGUUGGGGUACCAACCUAAUGGUAGAAUGGAUAGUAACAGUGUUGGGGUACCAACCUAAUGGUAGAAUGGAUAGUAACAGUGUUGGGGUACCAACCUAAUGGUAGAAUGGAUAGUAACAGUGUUGGGGUACCAACCUAAUGGUAGAAUGGAUAGUAACAGUGUUGGGGUACCAACCUAAUGGUAGAAUGGAUAGUAACAGUGUUGGGGUACCAACCUAAUGGUAGAAUGGAUAGUAACAGUGUUGGGGUACCAUCCUAAUGGAUAGUAACAGUGUUGGGGUACCAACCUAAUGGUAGAAUGGAUAGUAACAGUGUUGGGGUACCAACCUAAUGGAUAGUAACAGUGUUGGGGUACCAACCUAAUGGUAGAAUGGAUAGUAACAGUGUUGGGGUACCAACCUAAUGGUAGAAUGGAUAGUAACAGUGUUGGGGUACCAACCUAAUGGUAGAAUGGAUAGUAACAGUGUUGGGGUACCAACCUAAUGGAUAGUAACAGUGUUGGGGUACCAACCUAAUGGUAGAAUGGAUAGUAACAGUGUUGGGGUACCAACCUAAUGGUAGAAUGGAUAGUAACAGUGUUGGGGUACCAACCUAAUGGAUAGUAACAGUGUUGGGGUACCAACCUAAUGGUAGAAUGGAUAGUAACAGUGUUGGGGUACCAACCUAAUGGAUAGUAACAGUGUUGGGGUACCAACCUAAUGGUAGAAUGGAUAGUAACAGUGUUGGGGUACCAACCUAAUGGUAGAAUGGAUAGUAACAGUGUUGGGGUACCAACCUAAUGGUAGAAUGGAUAGUAACAGUGUUGGGGUACCAACCUAAUGGUAGAAUGGAUAGUAACAGUGUUGGGGUACCAACCUAAUGGUAGAAUGGAUAGUAACAGUGUUGGGGUACCAACCUAAUGGUAGAAUGGAUAGUAACAGUGUUGGGGUACCAACCUAAUGGUAGAAUGGAUAGUAACAGUGUUGGGGUACCAACCUAAUGGUAGAAUGGAUAGUAACAGUGUUGGGGUACCAACCUAAUGGAUAGUAACAGUGUUGGGGUACCAACCUAAUGGUAGAAUGGAUAGUAACAGUGUUGGGGUACCAACCUAAUGGUAGAAUCGAUAGUAACAGUGUUGGGGUACCAACCUAAUGGUAGAAUGGAUAGUAACAGUGUUGGGGUACCAACCUAAUGGUAGAAUGGAUAGUAACAGUGUUGGGGUACCAAUCUAAUGGUAGAAUGGAUAGUAACAGUGUUGGGGUACCAACCUAAUGGUAGAAUGGAUAGUAAUACUCCUAUUCAAACAUACCUGAUCCUAGAUCGACACUCCUACUCAACGUUUAGGUUUACACUGAAUGCUCUCUCUCAAGACACCAGUCGGGAAGUUAAAGCUUGGUCACAAAUGGGUCUUCCAGAUGGACAAUGACCCCAAGCAUACUUCCAAAGUUGUGGCAAAAUGGCUUAAGGACAACAAAGUCAAGGUAUUGGAGUGACCAUCACAAAGCCCUGACCUAGAAAAUUUGUGGGCAGAACUCGCGUGUGUGAGCAAGGAGGCCUAAAAACCUGACUCAGUUACACCAGCUCUGUCAGAAGGAAUUGGCCAAAAUUCACCCAACUUAUUGUGGGAAGCUUAUGGAAGGCUCCCCGCAACGUUUGACCCAAGUUAAACAUAAUUUAAUGCUACCAAAUACUAAUUGAGUGUAUGUAAACUUCUGACCCAAUGGGAAUGUGAUGAAAGAAAUAAAAGCUGAAAUAAAUAAUUCUCUACUAUUA